AUGCCUAAAACAAAAGGUAAAACAAUACAAUCAAAUACUAUAAUAUCUUGGUGUUUAAAUUCUAGCUCGCCAAAUGAAACCUCUGCUCAAGAGGUUCCUGGAGAUUUACGUAGAAAAAGAAAGGCUAGUACGGACACGUCGAAACAAGAAAUAGAACCUUACAAUCUCCCUGGGUUUUCACCUGCUUCGCUGUUUAAAACAGAACCUGUCAGAAGAAAGAAACCAAGGUAUUAUACAGAAGACGAUGACGGCUUCGAGGAUGCGAGACCAAUGUCAGACGAUGAAGAUUGGAAUGAUCAGACGAAAGAAAGAUGGCUUGAAUUGCAACGUAAUAUUAAUUCAAAAGACGCAAAAAAUGGUUUGCCAGAAGCAACACUUACUGCGGAACAGCGCGAGGUCUACGAGUUGGCAGUCCUUAAACGAGAAAGCAUAUUCUUUACAGGAUCCGCUGGUACCGGGAAGAGUAUGCUACUCCAAAAAAUUAUUGCCGCGCUAAAAGAUAUGACCGGUAAUGAUGCUGUGGCAGUUACUGCGACCACAGGGCUAGCCGCGCUCAACAUUGGAGGAACAACUUUACAUUAUUUUGCUGGGAUUGGUCUUGGUCAAGGGCCUGUACAAGAACUUAUUAAAAAAGUUCGUGAUAACAAAUCAGCUCGUCAGAGAUGGAUAGACUGUAAAGUCUUGAUAAUCGAUGAAAUUUCGAUGCUCGACGGAGAAUUGUUCGAUACACUUGAGGCAAUCGCGCGAAGUGUCAAGAGCAAUAUGCGACCGUUUGGAGGGAUACAGCUGAUUGCCACCGGAGAUUUCUUCCAACUACCUCCAAUAUCGAGGGAUAACAGAUCUGUGGCUAAAUUUUCCUUUGAAGCACGAACGUGGAAAACGGCAGUUAAACACACUAUUCAAUUAACGCGAAUAUUCCGUCAAAAAGAUAAUGAACUUAUCGAACUUUUGAAUGAGAUGAGAACUGGGAAAGUGUCAGAUCGUUUCUCGGAUCUCAUUGCGAGGUUACAAAAUGAACCAAGCUAUCCAGAUGAUGGUAUCAAACCUACGGAAUUAUAUCCAAGAAAUGAUAACGUGAACAGUGCUAACCUUGUACAGUUAAACAAGAUUCCGCAUAAGUCUCAUUCAUUCUUUGCGGUCGAUUGGGAACCUAUGAGGAUUGGACAACUCCGAAUGCUCAUAAAGAGUUGUUUAGCUCCACAAGAAUUAAAACUUAAACGGGAUGCUCAGGUAAUGCUCAUCAAAAAUUUGAAAGAUUAUAAUCUAGUUAAUGGAAGCAGAGGCGUUGUCAUAGGAUAUCAUUCUAGCUCAACUGGUCAAGACUAUUUUAAAGGGGAGGAGGAAGGACUUGAAAUAAAAGAUUUACUUCCGAUAGUACGAUUUACAGAUUCGAAUCAAAAAAUUGUUGUUGAACCUCAUGAAUGGACCAUACCUGGAAAUGGGGGGAAAUCAGUAUUGGCAUCACGUAAACAGAUUCCACUUAUUCUUGCAUGGGCAAUAAGCAUUCAUAAAAGUCAGGGUCAAACUUUAGAACGUGUUAAAGUUGAUCUUGGACGCGUUUUUGAGAGAGGUCAGGCAUAUGUGGCCCUUUCUCGUGCAACUUCUACUGCUUCACUCCAAGUGCUAAAUUUCCGUCCCUCAAAGGUCACUGCACAUGAGAAAGUGAAAGCGUUUUACGAGUCGUUGAAGAAACAUGAUGAUUUCGCAGUUCAAUGCAGAGACGAAGACAAAGAUGAUAGUUUUAUUAAAUUAGAUUAA